UUAUAUUACCCCCUUAAAACCCCCCCCACCUCCCCUGUAUGGGUCCGUCUCAUUGUAGCUGGCAUUUGUCUUCUUUGCAUUUGCAAGCUCUAAUUCCGAAACCCAAUUGAAGGCUGGGAAUGGAGGUACUUGGUGGAGACGACCUUCUUCCUCUUCCUCACCCAGACCCUCUGGUCUUAGAGCUCAAUCGGUUGCAGAACCAACUGAAAGAGAAGGAGAGGGAGUUGGGAGUUGCUCAAAGUGAAAUCAAAGCAUUGAAAAAUCAACUGAAGCCCACAAGGCUAAGGCUAGAAGAGCUCACAAGUGAAUCUAGUAAAUUGGAUGAAAAGCUGAGGUUGACUGAAAGUCUUCUUGAACAAAAGAAUCUUGAAAUCAAGAAAUUAACAAACGAGAAAAAAGAAGCAUUGGCUGCACAAUAUGCUGCAGAAGCAACUCUUAGAAGGGUGCAUGCAAAUCAAAAGGACGAUGAUGCCCUUCCUAUUGGAUCUGUCAUUGCUCCACUUGAAGCUGACCUAAAGAUGUAUAAAAGUGAGAUCGCAGGACUACAAGAAGAUAAAAAGGCCUUGGAGCGGCUCACCAAAUCCAAAGAAGCUGCUCUGAUCGAAGCGGAGAAGAUUUUGAGAAGUGCUCUAGAGAGAGCUUUAAUAGUGGAAGAGGUUCAAAACCAUAAUUUCGAGCUGAAGAGGCAGAUUGAAAUUUGUCUGGAGGAAAACAAAAUCCUUGAGAAAACCAAUCGACAAAAGAUUUUAGAAGUUGAAAAGCUUAUCCAAACAAUUAAAGAACUUGAGGAGGUUAUUCUAGCUGGCGGUGCAGCUGCCAAUGCUGUACGUGACUACAAGCGACAGAUUUCUGAACUACACGAGGAGAAGAGGAUGCUGGAAAGGGAGCUGGCAAGGAUUAAGGUUUCAGCAAACCGAGUUGCAACUGUGGUGGCUAAUGAGUGGAAGGAUGAGAAUGACAAAGUUAUGCCUGUCAAGCAAUGGCUGGAAGAGAGAAAGUUGUUGCAGGCAGAGAUUCAACGAAUAAGAGACAGAUUAGUAAUAGCAGAGAGGACAGCCAAAGCUGAAGCACAACUCAAGGACAAACUAAAACUGAGGCUGAAAACAGUGGAAGAAGGUUUAAAGAAUGUGUCAAGUUUCGGCACCAGUUCUAAUGCAUUUUGUGUGUCUCCAAAACCUGAAAAAUCCAAUAAUAUCUUUGGGUUCUUAUCAAGCAACACUGGUCUAAGGAAGAGAUCUGCAUCACAGCCAAGAUCUUCCACCAUCAGCGAAAGCUCUCCUCUGCAGCAGCCAAAUGUAGAAAAUGGAACAUCAGAUGCUACUAGAGAACUGAAACAAGUGAACGGCUCCAAAAAGAAACAUGGCUCCGGGGAAAAUUUGCUGAGAAAAAGUUUAUGGGCAUCUAGAAGUAAGGUUGUUGACGGUGCUGGGAAAGAGAACAAGGAGAUGAAUGAGAACACCUUAGCGGAUGCUAGUAAUUUGAAGGACAAUGAGACCGCAGUUUCAGGGGAAGUUGAAACAAAAAGUGAGGGCAAUGGAGAUUCGCAUAACAAAGGGAGUAAUUGUAAUGAUCUGGUGUCGGGAUUUUUGUACGACAGACUUCAGAAAGAUGUCAUCACUUUGAGGAAGUUUUGUGAGGUAAAAGACAAUACUCUGACUGCUAAAGAUGAAGAAAUCAAGACACUCACGAAGAAGGUAGAAACUUUGACAAAGUCAAUUGAAGUAGAGACUAAGAAAAUAAAGAGAGAAGCAGCAUUAAAGGAGAAGGAAUCAAUGUCAGCUAAGGUGGAUGACAACAAAAAUAUCAGAAAUAUGAACUCUUCAAAAAGGGUUACAAGAGCAUACUGAAGAUACCUUUGGUCGGAUAAAGUGUGAACGGAAUGGAAAUGAGUGGAACUUCAUCUUGUGAUUCUUUCAGUGUAAAUAACAUUUGAAUGAUGCCAGAGAGUUGAAAUAAUGUUCUUAUUUUAUGGGAAAUUGGGGAAAUGAUAUUGUAACAUCCUUAGGCUGAUGUUUAUCAGAUUCAUUCUCUGCUUGAGAUUCAGAUAAUGAUAUUCAAUAUGACGUUUGAUUGGUUUGCCUGUGUGAACUGCUGUGCUAACUGUUCAUUG